AGCACGCGCAACGGGGGGUUCGAGCUCCUUGAUGACUGCUGCAAAGGAGCGAGAGGUCAUGUCGAGGAAGAACCAGCAUCGCUGCAUGGAAUGUCUGUCCAGUCCACUCGCUUCUCGGUCGUCCUCAAUUCGGUUGAGCGGAUCACGCCAGAGCGAGUAGGAUAUCGCCGCCUUGAGCUCGUCCGGGUGCGUGAGCGCUAGCAAGAGAUAGCUAGCAUACUUGGACAUCUUGGACUGCUUGGCGACUGCCAUCUUCCCUGACUGUGGGGGGGUCAACGGGGCUGCGUUGGCGGAGGUGUCUAGCGAGUCGCGCAGUGGCAGCAACGCCGACGCACGAACCCUCACUCGACAGCGUCAGCAGCCAUGGCAGACGAGCCACCCAAGGCGCUCAGCCUCAAGGAGCGCAUCGCACUCCUCAACAAAGCCCAAGCAGAUGCUAGUGCGCCCACGCCAGCCCCUGCAGCACCGCGGAGACCCGUCAAGAAAUGGGCACCGCCUGCAGCUAGUACACCUGCGUCUGCUCCUUCUGCUCCGUCCAUGGCCUCGAACGCAGCUUCAGUCGAUGCGGGCGAGCCUCAGGGAGACCGAGGCAGCUUGAAAGACAGGAUCGCCGCGCUACAAGGCCUUGCAAUCCCUGCACCUGGAGACAAACCGGCACGGCGACAGCCAGACGUACCCACACCUGCUGAUCCAACCGCUGAAGCUCUAUCACCCGAUACAGAUGCUCCUGCAGAUCGCGUGCAAACACCGCUCACGCCUUUGCCGCCUCCGAAGGGCGAGGGUGUCGAGCAAGCUGCCGCAUUGCCUUUGCCGCCGUCAAAGCAAGACACGCUCGAGCCAUCAGCAGAGCUUGCAGUACCUCCGAACGCAGACGCUCGCCCGAUUCCUACCUCUGUCGUCUUGCCUGCAAUGCCCAAACGUGCUGCGCCGCCACGACGAAAGGUCCCAGCGCCGAAGCCGUCACCAGAUCCAGACAUUUCUGCUAAUGAUCUGCCUGCGACUACAGAGGCGAGCGGAGUCGAUGGCGCCACGCUUGUUCAGCCAGAAGCCUACGAAGCGAUGGCAGCCGAACAAGUAGAGCCUGUGCCGACACAGACAAACGAAUCUGCAGCAGAAGAAGAGAGCGAUGCAGAACGACGAGCAAGGAUCGCAAGUCGUAUGGCAGCACUAGGCGGUCAUCGUAUCGGCCUCGCACCACCGCCACCCAGCAAGAAGCCCAUGCUGCCCGCUGAUCCCGCUGCAGACCCGACAGAGACGGAAUCGCAAGGGAUGCAGACCGAUGCGCCACAACCCACUACACGGUCCCUCGAGGAGCGCAUGGCUGCGAUGGGAGGGCAAAGGAUGGGCAUGCUCCCGGUACCGAGCCGACCAUCUGCUGCAGUACCAGAUUCAUCCGUCGAACCACCGUCUACGUCUCAGCAGGACGACCAAGCGCCUACAUCGCAAUCCGUAGCAGAGGAUGCCACAGCCGUUCCACAUGCUGACAUCGCGCGAGGUGACAUCGGAGAGCACGCAGACUCAUCGCUGCAGGAAGCUCCUGUUGAAGAGGCGCAGCCACUUCUGGAUGCUUCUACACAGCACAUCGACGAAGCAGGAAAGCAGGAGGAUAUCGAAGACCUUGACGGCGAGAUCGCUCACGCAGCGCAUGCGCCGCCUCGAGAAUUGCCUGCGCCUCCUGCAGAUCAUGUCAGCUCGGUUGCAGAUCCCGACGAGACCGUCGAGCUUGCGGAUGAUGAGACGGCCUUAACGGACGUCCGUGACGAAGCAGCUAUAGACCAGCUGCCCGAGAUCAUCGAUGAGGAAGAGCCUCUCGAUUUGGAAGCACCUGUUCAGCCCUCCGCGCUAAGCACAGCAGAAGUUCCGCCACAUGCACCCAGACACCUCCCACCUCCGCCGCCAGCGAACGAAGACGAGCACACAGAGGGGUCGUCAUCAGCGGUCGAAGGCAGUGUUGCGCCCGUCACAGCGAUGUCGGAGGAAGAUGUAACGGCCGAGCCAGAAGCGGCUCAGGAAGAAUCAGUAUCGCUGGAUGCACCUCUUGCAGAGCCCACGGCAGCCAUCAAUCAUCCAAUGCGUGCCCUUCCAUCUUUGCCUGCCGAGCCCCAGGACAUCUCAGCGCAUGAAAGCAGCUUGAACUUAUCAGAAGAGCCAGACGAGCUGCAUCAAGAUAGCGAGCCCGCGCUGAGCGCAGAAGAAGAGGAGCUCAAGCGACGGCAAGCAAUUGCCGCACGCAUGGCAGCACUAGGUGGUGUCAAGAUGGGUGUCAUGCCGAUGCGCGCCAAUUCGAAGCGCCAAGCAAGUCAGGAUGAGCCUGUCAGUCCCGUCAGAAGUGUGCGCGGUGACGCAGUCCUGCAGCAAGUCAUGAGUAGUCCGCCACCUGCGCGCGCUCCACCGCCACCUGUAUCAGGCGCAGAUGAUGACGAUCACGAUGACAUAACGAUGCAUGAAGCCCAAUGAUAUGUAUCAGCAAUGCAUUUGCGCGCGCUUGAUGCGUCUGGAGAUGUCACGUUUCCACC